AUGGCUCAAAACACCUUGCUGGGCGUCGCAGGGGCUGCGGCAUUCGGAGGCGCAUGCUUCUUCAGCUACGUCCUCUCGAAGAAGCCUCGCGCGAACGCCAGUUUCCCUUCAGAAAAAGAGCGAAAAGAAAUUUUCGAUAAGAGCGCCCUCGCCUGGGACCGCGAAAUUGGCCUUGACGAAUUCCUCCUCGGCAUUCGCUCUUGGCGGAAACAGCUGCUCACGCUCGCACAGGGGAGCGUCCUCGAGGUUGCCGCAGGCACCGGUCGAAAUUUUCAAUUCUACGACCCCAGCAAGGUUCAGCGCCUCGUGGUCACAGACUUCAGCAGGCCGAUGCUCAAGAAGGCACUGGAGAAGAAAAGCACUCUGCAAGACAUCCCCGUGGAAUUCAAGCUGCAGAACUCUGCGAAACUCCAAUUUGCAGACGAAAGCUUUGACACGGUUGUUGAUACCUUCGGGAUCUGCUCCUAUGAGAAGCCCGUAGAGACGCUCCAGGAGCUCAAGCGCGUGCUCAAAGACGGCGGCUCGCUGCUUCUGUUGGAGCACGGGGAAGGCACUUGGAAGUACUUCAACAAGAAAAUCGAGCGCCUCCUGCUGCGCCACGUCUGGAAGUUUGGCUGCUACUACAACCGCCCUAUCCACCAGCUGGUCAGCGAGGCCGGUUUCGAUAUCGUCCUCGAGAAGCGGCGGACGUUCGGGACGACGUAUCUCAUCGUCGCGAAGAAACCGGGGGGCGAGCACGUGCGGAAGCUGGCGGAGGCACGCGAGGAGCUUUAG